CAGUGAUGGGGUGGACAUCUGAAUAUUUUUAUUAACAACAUUAUUAAUAAUAAAAAUUAGUAUUAGCAUAUAUGUAUGUAUGUGUAUAAUGCUUUAGAUGUGGUCGGACAGAAUUAGGCCGAAAUUUUUUUGAGCUGAGCGCUCUUCGAAAAACAGCAAAUAUUCUGAAAUGAUUUACGCUUAGUACUAUAUUAUUGCUAGAAUUUGAACACACGAUUUUUAUGUUCAUGCGCCCCAUGCAAUAUCAAUCAAUAUUAUAGGUUACCAAAGCAUAUUGAUAGAUUUCAUUUCUAAUGACAAUUGAUCAGACUAGAUCAGCGCAAUUGACGCGUGUUAAUAGAAUUAAUUUUUUUUUUACUACUUAUUACUUUUUAUUGAUUUGCCAACACAGAGGCGAGCUUUAUUGAGGAUGGUGGCUAUUAUGAUUGCAAUAAAGAAUGUGUGGGAUCGAACAAUGCCUAGAACUCACAAUCAAAAUGUGCAUAUGUAGUGGCGUAGGCGAUAUCAGAGAGACAUAGGCGCGUUUGGACUUUGUCCGUCUGGCCAAUCUCAUGCUUUUAAAUGAGAAGCACUAACAUAACAUUUGAGCGCCUGACAGGCAAUGUGUCUCGCCACACUCGUCCCACUUGGUUGGAUGCCUACUCGAUUGGACUAUGGUACGAAGAUGACAUUACAACAGCUGCGCAACAUUCUGCAAAGCCAACGCAGUGAUAACACGCAGACAGAUGCGAGUCCUUGAUACUCACAGAGUUCAUGCGAAAAGAACAGUACAACAAAUUCACACAGCUAUAGUAGUAGCACCGCAGGCGCCAUACAUUAAUAUCAACAUACAAUAAGUCAUAAAUACACGACGAUCAGGCACUGCGUCCCGCCACAUCACAUGUUCACUUCAAUUUCUCUAUACAUGGAAAUGUUCAUAUAUAUGUACAUACAUUCCCGUAAUUAUAUAUGUGAGUAUGUGCGCUUGGGUUAUUAUUGUAUUGGGUAAUACCACCAGCAGCGGCGGCGUUCUGUUGCGGCGUGAGUGUUCGCUAAUCUCAAUGGUAUACGACUAGCCAACCUAAUCGUCUCAAUAACCGCCAACACUCACAACAACAACAAUAUGUAUCACUCCAUACACAUGUACGCAUACUAAUUGGACUGUAGUUAUCGCUUGACUGAAGUGCCGGCCAUUAAAUCUAUUGGGAUCGCUCACUUCUAAUCAGCACACCAACGAACUACUUCAAACUAGUAUGAGUGCCUGUCUGAGUGCUUCUCGUAUUUAUAGCACACACUACAGUACGAAUUGUACUUUGCGCUAAGUUUGUUGCAAAUUGGUCUUCAUACAGUGUUAUUUUAGAUAUACAUACAUAUACAAUAUGUAAGUAUAUGUCACGAUUUUAUUGUGGGAUUAUGCAUGAAGUGGGUGUUGGAUGAAGCUAUACAAAAUUGUAUUUCUGACGCAAUUCUCUAAAUAUUAUCUUUUCUCCAUACAUAAUUUGCUAUGCGAUCUGUUCUAGAACUAGAUUUUUAUGAGCGUGAAAGUCUAGACUGAUUUUCAACCUUGAUUACCAUCAAUCUAGCCUUGCAUCCAGUAUUAUGAAUAAUGCUUAAUGGAGUUUAGUCACUUUGUACAAGUUUCGUCGAUAAUUUUUGGCAGGAAUAUGGUCUGCAGAUCAAACUAAUGUCCUGUGUGAUCCUGGAUCACUAAGUUCAGCACGUGUCUGGUUAACAGUCCUUGGUCCGUAACAAAUAACUCUUUGAGAGAUAGAGAUUUUUCUUAAAUAAACUCAUACUUACCAUUUGAUUAUGCAAUAUAUGUAUGUAAACUUAAAUACCAACUGUCCAACUGCCCCUCUGUCUGUCUAUAUAUGUCUGUAUAUAUACACGAAUUGGCUCUCAGUUUUUGACAUAUCGAUCUGAAAUUUUGCACACGUCCUUUAUUCACCAAGAAGCUGCUCAUUUGUUGGAACCAUCGGACAACUAUAGCAUAUAGAUGCGAUACAAACUGAACGAAUUAAGUUCUUGUAUGAAAAACUUUUGUAUUUGAUGAGAUAUCUUCACGAAGUUGUCCAUGUCAACGAUACAAUCACCGUGAAAAUUGUUCAGAUCGGAUCAUUAUAACAUAUGACUGUCAUACAAACUGAUCGAACAAAUUUAAGUCGUUGUAUGGAAAACUUAUUUAUUUGUGAAGGGUAUUAUAGAUUCGUUGCAACUGAAAUUAACGUUUUUUCUUGUUUUUAUUUAUUUUGCUUCUUUAAUUUGUGAAAUGUUGGCACGUGUGCUCCUGUAGCAUACAAACGAAAAUUGGGAUUUUAAUACGAAUAUUGACGAAUCACUCAUUCACUGGCUGAGCUCGGUGUUUCGGAUCGUUUAUUUAAUUAUUUAUUUAUUUAAUUAUUUUUUUUUUGGCAAGGCAUGCUUCUAGGCAAAUCAUCAGCCAAGUGUGUAAAUAUAUAGGUAUUUAUCAGCUGGGGGCUAUUAUCAGCAUGAUCGGAUCAAAGUUCAACUACAGCCUCAGAACCGACAGCUGACGACGCAAUUUUUAAGAACCGGUUACAGCCAGUUAGCUGAACCGAAAUUAAAUACAUAUACGAGUAUGUAUCAUAUACAUAUGUAUAUAUGUGUACUCACUAAGUACAAGUUUUUGUAAUAUUAAGUAAAAUGUUGGCGUUUACUAAAAUGUAUUAAUGGAAAGUCGCAGUGUAAUUUAUUUUUAAAUAAUUGUAAAUAAACAUAUUCCGCUUUUAAUCGGUAAAUCUGCCGCGGUAGCAGCGGGGCGAAAAGGUUAGUUUAUUUUCUGAAAUUUCUACAAUUAGAUUAAUAAAUUAAAUAGUAAAAUUUUAGGACUAAACUACUUCGAAUAUUUUCGUAAUUUCGGAAAAUUGAAAUUUACCAAACGCUAAAUUAGUUCAACCUAUUGCAUUCCCGCAUUUAAGUCAGUCCAAUUGAGUUUUUUUGAAAGACUAUACAAUAAAAUUUAAUUAUUAAAGUAAUAUGUUACUUAAUCAGAGAACACAAUUGCCAUUGCUGACUACAAGCUGCUGCUACUAAAUAUCAUAUUAUAUUUAUAUGUAUAUAAUAUAAGCAUAUGAUAAACUCAAGUUGAGACAUUUGGACUCAUAAAAUUUAUAGCAAGUCAAAAGCAAAAAAUUUCUUAUCUAAAAUAAAGCAACUGAUAUCUUCCUAAAUAAUUAAAACCGAAAUGGAACGUUAGGGUUGAGAAAGGCUAUAUCACAAGCAACCCACACCUGUUACGUAGUGUGAUAGCAGCAGUGAGAAGAAAGUGAGAAGUGUAAAUAUUUAAAUAUUUACACACGUAUGUAUGUAUGCAUGUAUAUAAAUAUGUGUAUAUAUGAAAUAUUUCUAAUGCACGUGUGUAUAUGCAUAUGUACGUAUAUUGCCGAUUUCACAAAGAGAGAGACACGAUUUCGUUGUCGUGAAUCAUUGUUGAGUUGUAGAGCAUCGCACAAUACCGAACAUCUCCAUCCAUAUUCAUUAAAUGAAGCAAACGACGCGAAACAAUAAAACGCCAAUAGCAAUAUCGACUCACUCACUGCCGAUGUUUACUUCCUACGAUCUAGUACUCUGGACUUUUAAGCACCACGACGAAGAAUUAACACGAGCGUAUGAUAAGGCUUUUGGGCUGGUCCGCAACGAUUUGUUGAGCAGACUUACCCGUGUUACCACUUACCCAUGCGAAAAGUCAAUUUUUAUGACCGGUAUUUAUUUAUAUAGAUAGAGUGUCUGGGUGGUUAUUUUGAUAUGGCAGCGUAUUAUUUUUGUUGCUAGUUGGUAAAUUUCAAGAUCAUUGGCGUCAGCCCGCGCUGCGAAUAGCGGAAAAUUGUGGACAUGUUGAUGUGUUAUCAGGGAUCAGCAGACACCAGACAAACACAUGAGAGGCAACAUAUAUAAUAUUUUUAACAAAUUUAUACCUUAGCGCACUUCUAACUCUUUCUGCAUUUAAGCAAUUUUCAUAUCGAUCAACUACUUGAAUCCCUAAAGAAUAUUAACAAUGUAAAUGAUAGCACUUAGACGACAAUUAGUGACUCGAGCGAUAGUGCAUAGACAUAAACCGGCACAUUAGCCACUCCCUCUAAUAGCACUUAACAGAGCUAACGUAGCCGCUUAACUUCGCUUGUGGCUGAAACUAGAAGUCUGAGAUCCCCUAGUGAAAGCGGCGCUAACAAUCAAAGAAUAGCAGACAGCAACAACAACGCCCCCAGUGCCAAUGAUAUUUAUUUAUUUACUCUUGGCCGCACGUAGCGCGAUAACAAACAACGACGAUUGCACAUGCGUAAUCAUACAAACGUUUUACACAGCUAAAUUUGGGUGUUACACGAGCAACCGCCAGCGACGAGAUAAGCAUACCCCACGAUUCAGUGCGUGUACAAGUGAAUUAGUUUUGAGCGGCAUACAUUGGCUGGUGCGUGAAAUCGACCACUUUUAUUGCGCUGAUGGAAGCCCAAAUGGGUUUUCGCACAGCUAUGCCAGUUAAAAAUAGCCACUCACUCCUGCUAACUUAGACUGUCUGCCUGAUAGCCGUUGAUCAAACCUUUCGCGCACCCCCGCUCGCCUGUCUGCAUUUAAAUUCACUACGUAAAUAACAUACUCUAUAACUACUCGUUCAGUAUGUAGAAGGUGGCUGAUAAGAUGUGUGCUUCUUAUCGCACACGCUUCUGCUUACCCAUAUAUGAGAGUGUUCGCUAACAAACGCACUCAGUUGUCGUGAAUUCGCUCUAGACAACGGUUCUAAACACAAACACAAAAACAAAACAAAAAAAAAUAAUAAUAACUGAAAGUUUAAGAUUCCAAAUAGCCAAAAGUUGACCGUCAAAAAUAAAAAGUACUAACUAUUUACUAUAAUAAAUAAAAACUACAAAAUCUGCUACGCAAUGGCAGUACAAAAUUCUAAAUUUCUUAGCAGUAGUUUCAACUCUGCCUUUGUGCCAACUAGUGCCUAUUAUCAGCAAUUAAGCGCCGCCUCGGUCGCUUUGGCCGCCUAUGAAGGCUGGAGUCACUUGGAUUUAUUGUCAUCACAACUAACUCAAACAUCGCCAACGUCUAUUGAUGAGGCACUGCAAAUGCAUCAUUUAAGAUUUCCUACACCCCCAAUAACACCACCAUAUUAUAAGAACACACAUAAAUUACCAGCCAAUACACAAACUCCCAACGUACGCACAAAAUCAGUAAUUAUGAAAAUCGGACAAGACCAUUUGGAUAGCAAUAUUCCACCAACACCAGAACAUGUCGACGAUAUGGCAGUGGACAUAAUUGGCUUGGAAGACACUACAAUAAGCCCAGAGAUAAAUCGUCAUGAAACGAUGACAAUGCACACGUCCUCGACUAGCAGCGCUAGUUCGACCCCAAAACGUAGUGAAUACGUCUGCGAAUGGAUUGAUUGCGGCAGAGAUCACAGUACACUCGAAUCAUUGGCCGUCCAUGUGACCAAAGUGCAUGCCGUAGCUUCACCAGCCGAUGGUUUAUAUUAUUGCCGUUGGCAUGGAUGUACACGAGUGCGCGGAUUCUCAGCACGAUAUAAGAUGCUGGUACAUGCCCGCACUCACACUAAGGAGAAACCUCACCAAUGCCAUCUCUGCAUAAAGAGUUUCUCACGUGCAGAGAAUCUUAAGAUUCAUAUACGUUCGCAUUCCGGCGAGAAACCAUACCUCUGUACUUAUGAAGGUUGCAACAAGGCCUAUUCGAACUCUUCGGAUCGGUUCAAACAUACUCGCACUCAUGCUAUGGAUAAACCCUAUAUGUGUAAAGUGCCCGGUUGUCAAAAACGCUACACGGAUCCCUCAUCAUUACGUAAACACGUAAAAACUUUCAAACAUUCUGUACAAUUAAUUGGCACCGCCGCUAUUGCAACCGUUCAGAAUCCCAUUAUUGAUACAGAAACAGAAUCAGCACACGCUGCUUUACAAACACACACACCCAGCACAAUUACAUCUUCAACUCUGAACACUGUUAUAUUGGGUAGAAAUCAUCAUGUACAUGAUGAUCACUAUGCGAAAGGUUACAGCGACGCCGCAAUACCAGUUUGUCAGCUCUGUGUGCCACCGCCACCGCCACCUCACUACUAUUUUAAUGCUAUGGACGAGGAUGUUUGCAACAUCAAGCCAUCUCAACUCGAUUAUUAUUAUGCCGCGACAAGUCAAUUAUCAGCAGGCAGCAGUACUGGAUCCAGCAAUGGUUGGAAUUCUAAUGCACGUAACGCUGAAAGACCUGUGCGAACUAUGGAGUCGGAAACACCGCUAGAUUUGCGGGUUAAUCGUAGUUGAAUAUAUGUUAAAAAACUAGUAAUAACAUUUAGACGCAUAAAUAUUUAUUCUAGAUUUCUAAGCGGGAUGACUAGUUGCGAAUCAGUUGAAGUCUCUAGUCGAAUAACAUAGUAUGGUCGAAAAUGUAACAUGAAAAUGAUAAAAUACUUAAGAACUAAACAGUUACAGCUCUAGUCUACUUAAUUAUUUAAAAUUGCUUAUUAGAUAUGUAGGCACAUUCAAGAGUCAUUUCAAUUCUUGGAGAGGUUGAUUUCUUAAGUGCAUAUAUGAUAAAGUGUAUUUAUCGUAAACUUGUACAAUUGUUAUUAAAUAUGUUUUUACCAAGACUGCUUUAUUUAAAAAAAUAAAUUAAUUAAUGAAAGAAGGGCUUAAUAAGAAUUAUUUACAACUUGAAAUGUUAUAUUUGGAAUGGUAGAUUUUUGCGCUCAGAUCAACGGUAAAUGGUCAGCGUUUUUAUACUCUUGCAACAUGUUGCUACAGAAUAUAAUAGUUUCGUACACCUAAAGGUUUUUUGUAACACCUAAAACUAAUCUAGAUAGAUAUAGUUAUAAUCCAUACACAUAAAUGAUCAGGGCGUCUCGUCAUCCUGUCUGUAUGUCCAAAUACAAAGAAUCGCAAUAACAAGGGGCACCUGUAGUUUGAAAAUAUUGAAAAAGUGGGCGUGGCCCCGCCCCCAGGUUUAAUGCAUAUCUCCCAAACCAUUCAAGCUUCAUCACAAAAAUUUGCACAGAACAAAUCAUUUCGACACCACUUGUAACAGCGUGAAAAUAGGUGAAAUCGGAUGAUAAUCACGCCUACUCCCCAUAUAACCGUUUUGUUAAAAACUACUUAAAGUUCGAUAAAUCAAUAACUCAAGGCAUCACAGACAUGAAAUUUUGCAUCCGGGAUGGUAUUAGAGGGCUUUAUAAGAGCCGAUGUCAAAAUUGGACGAUAAAACUGAGACCGCUUACAUUUAGGUGAAAUCACAUAUCUCCGGACUUACUAUAACAAUUUCAACCAAAUUUGGUAUUAUGAUAUUGCAUUAUUUUGACAUUCCCUGUUACAGUGCGAAAGUGGGAGAUAUCGGAUAAAAAUCACACUUACUUCCCGCACAACACAAUUUUAAAUCUCAUCUGAUUUUUUCACAUUCCAAUAUACAAAACAAGAACCCAUCAAUGUAUACCGAUAAAACUUUCCACGAAUAGUGCCUUUGAGGUGUGCCACCUUAUGACUUAAAAAAAUAUAAAAAAAUCUUACGAAAACUAUUCAAGCCCCCAAUUACCGGGAAUGUGGACCCCAGAGCCUAUAGCUGACUCUUUGCCGAAAAUAUCGGUUAAUGUGUGAGAUAUAUAACUGAAAUUAGCAGAGAGCGCUUUCCUGAUAUUCGUAUGUCUGUAUGUCAAAAAUAGUUUGAUAAUAUGUAUAAAAUCGGAUGAAAACCUACGCUAGCCACAAUAUAACUAAUAAAAAGAUUUUCAAACAUCCGGUUGACCUUAUAUCGUAUAUGUCGGUCAAUAUGUAAGAUAUUUUAGCAAAAUUAACUGAACAUAUAGUAUUGGAUUGUUUUAGAUUAAUGCCGAAAAU